GGGCUUAGAGGUCGGUUCAGUUUCGGUGUUCCUAACAGUCGAGCAAUAGCGCAGCAACGGUACACAGACCCAGACACGCAUACAUAUCAACACAACAUUCACUUGCAGUGCAUCUCACAAGGCGCUUGCUGCAGUGCGGUGUGCAGUGCGGUGCAAGGCCGUUUUUUCGGAGGUCGACUGUGUGUUGUUGCGUUGUGUGGAGCCCAGGAAAAAGGGCGGCCCAGUGUUGAAUUGUUGUUCUCUUCGAUUGACCUCGUCGAUCAGCCUUUUGCGAGUGUGUACGUGCGAGCUGUGGUUGGUCGGUUAGCCAUUGACGCCGUGUAUCGCUAGAUUAUUACUAUCACUGUGCGUCGUCAACGAGUGAAGCGCAGUAACGGGCAGGAAGCGGCCAGCUUGGACGUACCCCGUCACACGUCUAUCAACACCCGCCUGGCGAAGCGACCAGUAAACACACAUACGCGGUAAUCAGCAACCAAAUUCCCUCAGACAACAAAGGGGCAACCAUGAGCGGGGUUGAUGAAAUUCUCGCGUACAAACGCGACUCGAAGGAGGACCUGUACGCGAUGUUGAACUGCAACGAAACGUCCACGGUGGACCAAAUCCAGGCCGAGUUUAAAAUACUUGCCCUGCAGUACCACCCGGACAAGAAUGAUGGUGACAAGGAGUCCGAGGCCAAGUUUCAACAGCUGAAGGAAGCGAAGGAGAUCCUGUGCGACCCGGAGAAGCGGGCCAGCUACGACAAAUGGCGUAACAGUGGCAUCCAGAUCAGCUACAAGAACUGGCUCGGGAUGAAGGAGCACGUUCAGCAGAGCAUGCACUGGGCCAUCCCUAAAACCAAGGACCGCAUGCUACCGGAGGGCGGUGCGGCCGGCUCGACUACCGGCGCGGCUGGGUCCGCGUCGGGCCUGAGUGCCGCCCAACCAAACCCGGCCCAUCGGCGCGCGUCCGAGGGGGGGGCCGCGCUAUACUAUGGUGGCCGCAAGGGAGAAUGGGGCUCGGAAAACUCCAGCGAGGUCGUCAACAAGUUCCGCAACUACGAGAUCUAAGCAAACAGACCUCGGUCGAGUGGUGCCAGCAAGGAUGGAGAAGUGAAGUGCCACAAGAGGCUUCAAGAACAAUUCCGCCGGAUUCGCUCCCUCUCUAGCAACUUGCCUGUGCAUAUAGGCUAUUUCUGGCAUUUGCCGCUACCCGUUUGAAUCUCACGUGUUUUUUCCCAGGAUAAUACCAACCUCGAAACCCAUGUGCUAGAAUGAGUGGAGCAGCCUUCACUGCAUCGUUCCCGAAACCACACUCAAAUAUUUCACUUCCAGCUGCGGUUGCUAAUGAACUCAUGGUUGAAUUCAUAAUUAGUGCAGGCAGUACGCAUUCAACAACACAGCAGGAAGAAAAUGCAAUCACCAUGUGGCAAUAUACAAAUUCCCCAACACCAUGACAGUUUCUUUCCUAGUUGUUAUCUCGGUUGUAUUGUUUUAUUAGGUAGAUAAUCGGACAUGUAUGUUCGUGUUGUGUUAUAAUUUGAUUAUUAUUUGAACGGAUAGUUGUUACUUGUUUCAUCAGUCGCUUGUGACAUACUUCUAUGUCGAACGAUUUCUACAUGAUGAUGCAAAUGUAAUACGUAGCAGCAGGAUCAAUAAAAACAAAACAAAGUGAAUUAGUGAAAAGCGUGCAAAAACGGUCAUCGGGCCUUAGGGCCUUUUGUCUUCUUGUUAAUGGGCGUAGCAAAUCAUGCAAGUCGAUUCAAACGAGAGCAGAUCUCUCUGCAAAUCUACUAUCUGAAAAUCCUCCUCCUUACAGUUAACACAGAUGCGAGGUUCAUUAUGAGCGAGUCAAUGUAAUGCCAAUUGAAAGCAAGAGUGCAAAUAGCAGAGGAACGGAUUAAUCUAUACUUCCUGUCGUAGACAGUCAUCGUUGAUAUUAUUCCACCUAGGAAAUAAAUUCCUUGACCGUUUGCCAUCGGUGUUUUACGACUGUA